AUGGGUAUAAGGAUGUUUCGCUCUUCAGCAAUUUCCCCGAGAUUAAAGGAACUGAGUUGCCUAUUGCCACACAGGACCCAAAAACAGAAACGCAUCCAUUCUCCCGCAUUUUGGGAUUUCCAAGUCCAUUAG